GGCGAUCAGUGCGGACUGCGGAGCCAAUCAAAUUUAUUGCUACGGCCUUUUCAUUCGCUGCUCGCUCGACUCGCUCGCGACUAAAAAGUGAAACAAACAUUUCGCGAUCAGAUAAUUCCUUCUUUCAUGGACAAUAAGAGCGCUUGCACGUCUAUUUUCUAUACUUUUUUAGCCGAGACAUAAAUCGUAGAGGUUAAAUAAACGUCUGCGAUUUUUUUAUGCUUUUCAACGUGUCAUUUGAUACCAAUAAUAAUUGUGAAGUAACUCAACAAUGUCCAUUUUAUAAAUCGUUUCAAUUCAGGAACGUUUAUUUUUUUACUAUAAAAAUUCUAUUGAUUUGAUCGUCAAGCUUUAUGCGAUCCAACUGUCACUAUCUCGUCCCUUGCACAGGAUGAAGAUGUAAGAAACUGCAGCAAUUAAUUUAAUGGAUCAUCAUGACUGUUUUUAAAUUAAGACAAAGUAUCCAUUUAUUGGCAACAACUGGAUUGUCUAGAUAACGCCAAGCGUCUUUAAAUUAUAUACAAGUGUAAAUAAUGUCCUUCAGAAUACGUUUAGCUCGCAGCAGACCAAUUAGACUUUUGGGGAAUGUGGCCAUGAAGUGUUGGGCUUUUAGUGGAGCGUACAUCCUUGUGUGCUUUUUUCUAUAUUGGUUAUAUGGUGGGAUUUUGGCUUUCUUCUUGCUGUGUUUUGCCACAACUGGAAUACUCUAUCAUAGAGAAGAUCAACUUCUUUAUCAUCCAGAACUGCCAGCCCAUUCGAGAGUUUACGUACCAGCUCCUUCAAUAUUUAAUUUGCCUUAUCAAAGUAUAUACACCAGAGCUGGAGAUGGCACAAUGCUGCACAUGUUUUUUGUUUCUCAGCCAGAAGAUAGAAUGAGGAAGGCACCUACAUUACUAUUUCUUCAUGGCAAUGCUGGCAAUAUGGGCCAUCGAUUGCAAAAUAUAGUAGGACUGUAUCAUAAUAUUCAAUGUAACAUCUUAAUGUUAGAAUACCGAGGGUAUGGUCUGUCGCAGGGCACUCCAUCGGAGGAAGGGCUCUAUAUGGAUGCCCGAGCGGGGAUAGAUUAUUUGUUUAGUAGAACGGAUAUUAAUACCAAUGAAAUCAUAAUUUUCGGCAGAUCGCUGGGUGGAGCAGUAGCCAUUGAUUUAGCCACAAAGGAAGAAAAUUCCCAGAGAAUUUGGUGCCUUAUACUUGAAAACACAUUCACCAGUAUCCCAGAUAUGGCCGCCUUAUUUGUAGGAUCUAAAUUUUUACAGUAUCUGCCGCUUUUUGUAUAUAAAAACAAAUAUUUGUCUAUUCUGAAAGUUCGCUCAGUCACGGUGCCCACUCUGUUUAUUUCCGGUCUGGCGGAUACAUUGGUACCACCCCGUAUGAUGCAGGAUCUUUACAAAAAUUGUCGAAGUACGUACAAGCGUAUACUUCCGAUUGUGGAUGGCACACAUAACGAAACUUGGUGUCAGCCGAAUUAUUAUCAAAAUAUUAACGCCUUUCUGACUGAACUCAGGGAAAAUCCACCUCCAAGAGUAACGUCUAGUCAUUGGCAAAUCGAUAAUAUUUAGUGAUAAGGCGCUUUUAUUAUCACAUAUAUUUUCAUUUAUUAAUGUUAUAAAUGUAAAGUAAUUUUUACGUUUUAAAGAUAAAAAAAAAUCGAUUUUAUCGGAAUAAACUUUUUCUACUUUUCGUAGAAAAAUAUUUUUCACGCAUUA